ACUAUGAACCUAUCGGUAUUGACGGAAUAAAGGAAUGUCUUGGACUUGCCAUCGGUGAAUAUGACUUGCACAUGUACGGACAAUGAUGUUUUAAAUAUGAAAUUUGAAGACAAAAGCUGUCAAACCUGUCAUUAUAUCAAAUCAUCCUAGAUCCUUCUACAAGCACUUUUAUUCUAACGCGUUUCCUCGAGUAUAUCUAAACAGCCUUCAAACUGGGAUUAAUAUCGAUUUAGCAUACAGGCAAACGUUUAAAGCCCAAGUGAUUUUCGCCAUUUUGAAGUCAUCAUGGACCCCCACUCAGCUCUAAUAAAGCGUGUGUAAUUUGUGGAAAAGCGACCAAUUGCGAGGGGAAAACAGGCCUGAUUUUGUCGUCGUUUUGCCGAAGCAGUUCAACGGGUGAAAGUGAUACGCGAGGGGCAGUGCUAUGUAAAUCGUCAAUUCUAUAUGGAGCUUACUCGAAAUGGUAACCCUAAUUACAGAGAAACUUCAAGACCAAACGCUGGAAGAGAUCUCAACAACUGAGACGAUUCUGGGAGAACAGCCGAGAAGAAGCCUAAGAGACAGAUCAAGUAUUGAUACCGUAAGAAGAGCGUCAAGGCUUCAACACAGAAGGACAAGUCGUACUACGGCAAGCGACGCGUCUUCUACACAAGAUGGCAGCAAAUUAAGAGAGCUUACUUCUUCCUUUCUUACUACAAGAUGCCACAGCUAUCCACCGGCGAAAAAACGAUUGUGCCGCUCGCUUUCAGACCCGUAUAAAGAGUAUGAAGGCAAUGCAAAUUGGAUUCCGGAGCCUUCGUCUAUAUGGACACCAGUAAAGCCUAAACGGACAGAGCGUGUGAAAUCCUCGGGUGCUCGUUCAUUAGAUUUUUGUAGCAAAGAUACUUUCACUUGGUCUACGCCACCAGAAUCACCUAUUCCCCGUCCUGUGUCAGCUAAUUCAACUCUCGAAGACUCGAAGUUCUUUCCACUAAGGUUUAUAAGCGAGGAAAAAGAUGGGAUUCAAAUUGACACUGUUGCAAAUGUGGGGCAAAGCGAUGAAUGUGGUAACCUGCAGUCUGAAACGGUGCCCAGACGAAGUCAAUCGCACCCGUCUUUUUCCCACAUUUCUAAUUGUGGUUUAAAGAGAAGGCUUUCUGAAAUAGACAUUCCCCGGCCUGCGUUGGAUUUCGAUAAAAUGAAAGCGAUGUCUUUUUCUAAUAAGAUUGUGGACAAAAGAAGCUUGAAGUCACCAAAAUAUCUUAGGAAAAGGAAUCUCCCUGCGAGUCCAAAGCAUCUCUGUUUGCCAAAUCAAGAGAAAACCAUGUUGAUGCCAACGGAUACAGAAGAUCUCGGCUCAAGUUUAUUGAUAACUCCCAGUGCUUCUCCAACCACAGAUGUAAAGCCAUUUGAAGACUUCAAAGUUGGUCUUAAGACUGAAAAUGAUGAUGAAAAUGCAAAUAGGAAACCUUUUACAGACUAUUUUAAUGCAGGUAGCAUCAUGGCUGAUGUUGAACUGGACAUAAAACUCAUUGAAGAAGAUGGGAGCUUAAACCACUCUACACACAACACCAUGUUCUUUACUUAAAGACAUACAAAAUAUUUAUCUAUAUAUUCACUGUUUGUAACAGCAUAAAUAAUUUUUUGUGAUACAAACAUACACAUAACAGUGUUUAAGCUAUAACACAUGCAUAAUGUACAUACUCAGGUAAUUUAUUCAAUACAUAUAUCUAUAUAUAUAUAUAAUCCUAGUAGAAUUUUUUCUACCCAGCCAACCGCCUAUUAUACAGGUUUUAUUAAAACGUAUGCAUA